AUGUCUACCUUAGACGAGGAUUUGGAGUAUUCCAAGUCCGACAACUCUGCUCACGACCAGUCAGACAGCGAUGCAGAAGAUGACUCUUACGACGGAGAAUACGAAGACAGCGAGGAGGACGAGGAAGAAAGUGGGGGAGAGCAAACCAAGGGCCGCAGGAAGAGGCGCAAGCUAGAAUCCAAAAAUUCUUUCGUGAUUACAGAGGCAGAGGAGAACGAAGAAGAGGACGAAGAGGACGAGGAUGGAGGAGCCGAGGGAGACGUAGAGGGUUUUUUGGAGAGCACGGAAGCGCUUGAGGCCGAGAAGGAGUACCAGCCGAGGCCUGAGUUGUACAGGAGGGCGAGGAGGGACGAUUUGGAUGACGUGGAGAGCACGAUAGAUUACAUUAAGCAGAGGUAUCAGGAACAGAAGGAGGAGGAGAGUUUGGACGAGUUGGAGGAAUCGGGGGCGUUGGACGAUGACGUCGCGUGGAUGGCGAAGGUUCCUGAAAAGGGAGGCCCCAUGUUGUGGUUGGUGAGGUGCAAGAAGGGCAAGGAGCGUGAGUUGGCGCUUAAUUUGAUGGCGAAGUAUUUGUUGAAUCGCCAGUCCAAGAACCCGCUGCUGAUAUACAGCGUGAUUUGCCAGGACCACUUGAAGGGCUCCGUGUACGUGGAGGCGCAGAGGGAGUCGCACGUGGUGACGGCGAUAGCGGGGAUACCACAUUUGUUGCAGAAGAAGUUGACGUUGGUGUCGCUGGACGAGAUGCCGUCGGUGCUGAAGAGCUUGAAGCACCGGGUGCCGAAGGUGGGGGACUGGAGGAGGGUGAACCGCGGGCUGUACCAGGGUGACAUAGCGCAGGUGGUUGACAUUGAGGAGGGGGGUUCUGGGAAGGUGACUAUUUGCGUGGUGCCCAGGAUUGACGUGGGGGAAUGGAUUAAGAGUUGA